AAGGCAAAGAGCAAGCAUUGCAGCCCGGGGUCGAGAGACAUUCAGCCUGCAACUGCUCAGUCAGGCUCAAAGUCGCCAACGCAUCCAUGCAAUGCCGGCUCACGACGAAGGCCUCAGUUUAUGUUCGCUUCACUUAUGCGCGAGGCAACUGAAUUCAUUCGCGAGGAGACGGACUGUCUAGCGAUAGCAGUAUCCGUUCCUGGCCAUUGGCCCUUAUCAUGCCUUGCAGCUCAACCUCCACGAACAAGAAACCAACCCCGGGAGCCUUAGUCGCACGCACAUCGCAGGCGGCCCGUUGGUUACUCUCCCGAUUGGCCAACGAGAUUCGAUGGUCAUAGUCUGUUCGAUCCAAUAAGACAAGAUGUGGGAAAAGAAUGAGGCUUGCUAGAAUGCAGGCGCUGACGGGUUCGAUACCACGACCCCGCUCCUGGUUGUGCUUCAAAAGCGCGCGAUAUUCGGACCAUCUUGAACAUCGACCGUCUCGAUCAUCCUAUACCUCCGAGAUCAUCAAGGUGAUCGGUCUUUUCACAAGAUGUCUCCUUCUCCAGACAUUGCCGGCAUCGCCAAUUUGGGCUGCCAGCUCGCCACGAAGCUGGUGGCCUACGAGAUCGGCACUUCCGAUUCGGACCGUGAUAUUCACAGUCUAAUCGAGGACAUCCUCGCUACGGCGGCGGCAAUCGGCGAGCUUCGAAAGUUUCUUGCCGCUGACGCCUGCGCGGAUUUGCCCGUCUACAAGCAGGCCGGCCGCGAAGCCAUCGAGGACCUCGCAACGAGGUGCGGCGCGGUGUACACCACCAUCAUCCGUAGCGUCUACCGCGCAAGCCUCGAUGUCAAGAUCGUCGAGAACGUCGACUUCCAGGCCCUCGGACCGGAGGAUCUGAAGGCAUCCAGAAUCCGCGCCAUCAGCGGCAACAUGAAUUGGAAGCUGGUCUCCGAUGCCUUUAAUACCAGCAAAACUCAUUUGCGGUGGCUCAAGGCCGGUCUCUUGCUGCACCUGCAAGUGGCCGACAUUGCACGACUUCAAAAUGCGUCGAGAGCGCCUGGAAGUUUCGACGAGGAGUUGGCCUCGAGGGCGCUUGCCAUGCGUAUGUUGGCAUGCAAGGUCAAGGCCGCCAAGACGAUUGUCGAAGAUCUUGAGCGGAAGGACAGAAUGGCAAUGGCGGACAAAUCCGACACCGCGAGCAUUGCUUCUGGCGCUUCAUCUUCGGAUGGUAACAAAUCUGACGACGAUUCAGCGUCCUGGACGUCUGGCAAAACAGCCAAUGACUCCAAGACUUCAUGGAUGUGCGGCGGGAAGGCCGUCAAGAAGCCCGGUGCUCAUACUGCCGUAGAGCCUGCUGCCCUCCCUUCACUCGCGGCCCCAACAAGCUUCUGGCACCAGCCGUGGGAUGGGGCCCCUGAUGCCGGCCCCGUUGAAAUCAAACUGCUGGCCCCAGAGCACCGAUUCCCGGUCAAAGCAUUCAAGAGCAUGGGUAAAUGGUUCAGGGGCCUCUUUGGUCGCCACGACAUCCUCUGCCUCAACGACCUGGAGCUGGAGGCAACCGUCCUGAGAAACGGACCAUUCCCGGAGGCCUUCUUGGCCUUUGAGCCGAAGAUGCUGCGCCUGGAGUUGAAGCGCAUCCUGAAGCAUCGCACGAACGCCUCUGCAGACGCGUUCCUCACCCAAGACACGGAGCUUCGCGCUGCCGUCUCCAAUGCUCUCCUCCGUGCUCAAAAGAAGGAUGGAAGGGUAAGGCAGCUGGUGACUGUCGAUCUCUCGACCAAACCCGACGUCGCUAUUGUCUUCAUGUCCGUCGAGCCCGCCCUGGAGCCUAUCCACAUGACGGACAUUGUUGGCCGCAAGUACGAUAUACCGUAUGAACAGGGCCGAACUGUGCAAGGUGCGCGGGUGUCCAUCCACCAGCGUUUCAGGAGUGCCAAUAGACUGUGGCCUAUUAUCAGGGACGGGGCAUUCGAGGUGGUCGCCGAGGACGACACCGUCGUCACACCAGAGGCUUGGGCGUCAACCAUCAAGCCAGGCGCCGUAAUUCGAAUGCGCAUGUCGGCCUUCAACGACGGCGGCAUGCCUGGUCCCAUGUACACGGCCCUCGGGGCACCUGAGAUUCUCACCUGGGCCGAGAGGGGACCGGGCUGGAGAUGUAACCGGCCGCAGGGAAUGCCGCUGGGACCGGCAUGUUUUCCCGGAGCUCGGCCUGGUGGCAGGGCAGGGCCUCCGCCGCCACCCCGGCCGCCCAUUUUCACCGUAAAGCCGCGCAUUGCCGAUGGUGAGGAGCUCGGUUUCGAGCUCGACUUCGGUCCUCCCUUGACCCGCGAAGAUGAUAUUGGCGAGGGCCGGAAGGACCUCGGGCGGUGGGUCGCUCUGUGGACGAACGCCACGGACACUGACUUCACCACCGACUCGGGCGGCAUCCCGUCGUACGACGACGCCUCAUCCAUCUCGUCCGGGUCUUCCUCAUCUAUUGUCGAUUACUAGUGCUCCAACUGCCAAUGUCCUUGUCUACUUCUCAGCAUU